AUGACUCUUCUUCAGCCUUUCAAUGCCUUGGUACUUUGGCUUUCACUGCUGAUAGUUACGAGUUCAGUUAACACAGAUAAACCUGAAGAGAAAAUUUAUUCCUGCCCAGUAAUUCAGUGCAGUGCUCCUGCAGUCAGCAGUUUACCAGGCAGAGAUGGACAAAUUGGUCCCUAAGGUGAAAAGGGAGAACCAGGAGAAGAAUUGACAGGUCUACAGGGUUUCCUUGGAAAAGGUAGACCUCUGGGAAUAAAGGGAGAUUUAGGACCAUGGGGAGAGAAAGGACAAAAAGGAGAAUGCAGAAUUAUAAUAACCAGUGACCUGCAGAGAUAAGUAACUGAUUUGGAAACAAAAGUACAGGUUUUGGAGGCUGAACUAAACAGAUACAAAAAAAGAUUGGAUUCUGCCUACUGCUUCAACAACACAGCUUUAAAAGACUUUAUUACACCUUCAAAGCAGGUUUAUAUGGGGAUAUUUGAUGAACAGACUGGAGGCAGCUAUUAUUGGAAUAGAGGGUCUAUCAAUGCAGACUGUGCAGUAAUACAAGACUCUGGAAAAUGUAAUGUUAAUUGUUCAAAUUCACAUGCCUUAAUCAUUUGCGAAUUCUUGAACUGA